AUGGCAAUAAAAUUUUUUUUACUUGUUAAUAUUAGAGGGAAAACAAGAUUAUCACAAUACUAUGAGUCGGUACCAUUCGAUGAAAGACCUACAAUGGAAAGUGAAAUUAUAAGAAAAUGUUUAUCUAGAACUGAAAAUCAAUGUUCAUUUUUAGAAUUUAAAGAUUACAAAGUAGUUUAUAGAAAAUAUGCAUCAUUAUUCUUUAUUGUAGCUGUAGAUGCAUCAGAGAAUGAAUUGGCAAUUUUAGAGCUUAUUCAUAACUAUGUAGAGAUUUUAGAUUGUUGUUUUGAAGAUGUUAUAAUGUUUAAUUUAGAUAAAGCACAUUUUGUCUUGGAUGAAAUGAUUUCAAAUGGUGAUGUUAUAGAAUGUUCAAAACAACAGAUUUUAGAAUUUGUAAAUCUCCUAUAUAAACAAGAAAGUUAA